AUGCUUUCAGAUUAUGAAUUGUAAUAACAGGCUCUCAAAUAAAAAUUAGCUAGAUAACAAGCAUAGGAAUAAAUCAAUUCUUUAGAAUCUAAACUCUAAUGUAAUAUAUUACUAUAUUAUAGAAAUUAUUUAAAUUUAAAAAGAAAUAGAAGAAUAAGAUUGUAUUACAUUAUUUAUUAUGUAGUCUAAUAUUAAAUUAAAUGUGAUGAUUUAUAGAAGAAACGAGAAUAGUAAAUGAAAGAAAUUUAGAAUUUAAGAGCAUCUUAAGAAGCUGAUUUAUAAAGGUAGGUAUAAUCUAGUAACUUAAAUUAGAACAAGGAAUAUGUAUAAUGAAAUGUGGAAGAUGGCUGAAAAAUUUUAAAAGAAACAAUAAUAAUUUAUAUAUCAAUAGAAACUUGAUAAAGAUUAAUUAAAAUCCUUUUAAGUUACUUAAACUUCAAAAUAGUCUCAUUAUGAAAUGAAUAAAGAAUUAGUUGUCCCUCAUAAUCCAUUUGUGUUAUUAUCUUAAGCACAAGGAUUUUUAGAUUCAUAAUAUGAUGCAUAUUAUGAAACUAAUUAUCCAAAACUAUUAGAAAUUGUAGAAAAAGAAAGUUUGUAUCCAAAAAGUCAAAUCUAAAUAACUUUUGUAAGUUUCAAACCAGACAUGCCUACUUUGGAACAAUUUGAAAAAAGAAGAUAUGAAGGAACAGUUAAUUAAAUACCAUUAUCAAUGUAAUUACUAAUAGAUUUUUAUGAUUUUCCUACCUAUAAAUCAAAUACUCUUAUAUAUGAAGAUUGUCCAACCAUAGAAUAAAUUAGAGUAAUAUUAUAUAAUAUGAUUUUAAUUAGAGAUAAGUUGGUUAUGAUUAGGAAUUGAAAUUAGCAUAUGAAGAUUAUUUCACAAAUAAAACUUUUGGGAAAAAAGCUUGUUUUGUAUUUGAAGUAGAAAAUGACUUAAAAUUUGUAUAUUAUCUUUUGUUUAAAAAUGCAUAUAUUAGAGUAUUAGAUGCUAUAACAGGUGAAAAUUAUGGAUAUUGUUAAAUACCAUUAAAUUCAUUAAUAAGAGAGGAUAAAAGUGAUGUAUUUUCAAUUUAAGAAGUUUAAGUAUUAAGUUAUGAUUGGACUAUUACAUAUGGAAUAUUUACAAUAACUAUAUAAAAUAUUGGAAUCAGUUAAGAUUCUAAUGUUGCAACACUUACAAAUUUUGAUCAAAAUGCAUUUAGUUAAACUUUGAAUAUUUAAUCACUAUUAUCAGUUACACAAAAUGUAUAUUUUAAUUAGGUUAUGGAUAAUAAAUCAAAAAUUUAAACAUAAUAUGUUAAUUUUUCAAAGAUUACUUCAGAUUCAGCUGUCAGAUCAGAAGAUAGAAUUAAGAUUAGAAUUUCAUAACUUAAACCAUAAUCAUAAAUAUCAUAAGCAAGAAAGAAAAUAACUUCAGAUAAACCUAAAGAUCUUACUGAAUAUGGACAUUAAGCAGUUGUAAAUUUGAAAAUUAAUGAUGUUGAUGAAAGGAUGCGUGUAAAUGAAAGAAUUAAAUCUAAAAGAUCAGAUGUUCUUACUUAUUUAAGUACAAAGGAUGAUUUUCUAAAAUUAUAAGCAGUAGAAUUGAGUAGAAAAUGGGAUAGAUAUUAAAUAUUAAGUUCAGUAUUACCAUCUCAUAUGAUACCAAAUAAUUUAUAUUUACCAGUAGGAGAGAAAUGUAUUUAAUUUAUUGAAUAUUAAAAUGAUACUGAUGAAGAUAAAAUUAUUACUGUAGAAAUAUCACCACCCAUAAUUACAUAUUUAGUAAAUGGAGAAGAAUUAGAAUCAAUAUAUGAAACAAAAGGGAUUGCAUUUCAUUCAAGAGUUGAAGUUGAAUAAGAUUCAUUUAAAUGUCAUGCAUAAUAAAAAUGUAUAAUUGCCAUUAUAUUCUAUACUUUAAUUGAAUUUACAACUGAAAUAGAAGUUGCUGUCUAUUUAAAAUAAAAGUAAUAACCAAUUUGUGGUUCAUUAUAUAAAGUUAUACCUAAAUCUUAAGUUAUUGAUAUGAAUUUUGAUUUUUAUCGUCAACCUAAUUCAUAAAUUGAAUUAUAUUUACCUUAAGUCUUUUGUUUUUGUGAAAUUAAAUAUAGAAAAACACCUAUUAUAAUUUGUAAUAGAGAAGAAGUUACUUUUGCAAUCAAUCCUGAUGAUAUGAGAAUUAAAUUAGAAUUGAAAACAGCUGAUAUUGGUAAAUAAAUAAUACUUUUAUUAUUUUUCUAUAGAGAUAAACAUUGUCAUUAUUUAUUAUUAUCAAUUUCUGUAAAAAUUACAAGUUUAAGUCUUAUUAAAUUAUCAACUAUUAUUGGUUAAGCAACAUCAUGUUAAACUGAAUUUAAAUCUGAUAAAAAAAGAUAAAUCUAUUUUCACAGUUUGAAUCAAGAUAAAAUAUGGUUUGAAUCUCCAUUUGAUAAACCUAUUUGGGUUGAAUAGAAUCAAAUCACUAUUAUACCUUUUAAGGUAUUUUAGAUGACUUCAAAUUCACAUAUUGUUAAAGUUAAUGCUAUGGAUUCAACAACCAAUGAAAUGGUAUAUUCUUGGCUCUUCCAAAUAAGUUCUAAUAUGCCAUAAAUUAAAAGAGUUUUUACUUUUGAUUGUUAUUUUAGAUAACCUCAUCCUUUCAAAAUUACAUAUGUUAAUUCUACUGGAAAAGUAUUAAAUUUAAAUAUUGUCUCUUCUUCUUAUUUAUUAAAGGUUUUUUAAUCUUAAGUCAAAAUUAUGAUUGGUGGAAAAGCUGAAAUAGAGAUUGCCUUUAUGAAGGCUGAAGAAUAUCCCAGUUAAGAUUUUAAUGUAGUAGAAAAAUAAAGAGAAAUCCUAUUAUUCAUUUACGAAAUUAAAAAUAAUAUUUUUGAAUGCUACUUAUUUUAAUUCAAUUUAUAUGACAAAGAAAAUGAUAACAUUUCUUUAGAAACUACUGAUUAGUAUAGAAAAAGACCUUUUUCAUUAUAAUCUAAAAAGUGA